AUGCCAUCCCUCUACCAGCGCUCGGCUGCGAGUCAACUACCACUCACACCGCCAGACUCUGGUUCGGGAUAUGGGUACAGCAACAUGCACUACUCACGCGAUCCUUUCGCAGCACACCAGUCGAUGAUGCCACCGAUGCGGCACGACAGCGGGUUCGACUACCAGCAGCCGUACAUGCAGCCUCCGGUCGCGCCAGCUCCUCCCACAUACCAAUACUCACAGAGCAGCUACCAGACUGGCAACAGUCUUCCUCCGCUUCAGAGCUUCUACGAGCCGAUGGGCGCACCCCUGCUGCCACCGCUGAGGAUCAACGACCAUCUCUCAUUCACCGACGACUACAACCGACGGCUACAACAAGAGCAGUUGUCGGCCACCCACGAACAGCAACGCCAACCACCCAAGGAGGAAAAGGCGACGGGUGGUGUGUCUGCAAAGCUCGACUACGACAUGGAUCACAUGACGGACUUUGUGGCGGAGGCGACGGGUAAAAUGUAUGCCUACCACAACUCCCCUGUCUGCCUUGCAGAUAUUGACGUGACUCGAAGUUUCGGCUACUCGAUGCAAAGCCAUCCGUCGUUUCGAAAGUGGGUGCACCAGGUGCUCUCGGCGACACGGCUGCCUUCGGCGACGAUUCUGCUGAGCUUGCACUACCUGAACGACCGCCUCGCGAACCAUCCUCAUUCGGUACAGACCAGCGAGAAUCAGAUUUAUCGGUUGCUUGCGGUAGCGCUGAUCUUGGGGAGUAAAUUCCUCGACGACAAUACGUUCAUCAACCGGUCGUGGUCGGAUGUGACGGCGAUCAAGGUUACGGAGCUGAACCAGUUGGAGAUGGAGUGGCUCGGCCUGAUUCACUAUCACUUGCAUAUUGAUCCGGCGUCACAGAACGGUCUGCAAUCGUGGCUGGAUGGGUGGAAGCAGUAUCAAGCGGAGAAGGUCGCGAAGCAGCAGCAGCAGAUGCAGGCAGCGAGGCUGUCCCCACUCGAUACGACGAAUGUGUACAGGCAUGCCGGGCAUCGAAGUGAGAGGUUCUCGCCGUAUCCGUCGCCGUACAGCGCGCGGUCAGCAUACGAGACCCCGCACACCGCGCGGUCGUCGAACUUCGGAGCAUCGACAUACGCGAACGACCCGUGGGCUCGAAACGACCGCCCCCUCGACGACUUCUACAAGCCGCAGCACCGCUACCCGACGUUGAGCGAGAUGGACGAAGCGAACCGUCGGGCUUCUGAAGAGCGUGCCCGGGCGUAUCAGACGUACUACCAGCCGACGAGCUACGGUUCCGGGUGGGAUCAGCAGUGGAGUGGUGUGCAUCGGUAUGAUUGCAAUUGUGCGACGUGCAGUUAUCAGCAGCAUUACCGGCCGUAUCCGACGGCGCAUAGUUAUAAUUCGCAGACGGCGGUUAUGGGAUGA